AAAAGAUCGGUUGAUUUGCUACAUUUCCGAGCCACGUUGCCGGAGUUCGUUCCUUCAGGGGCAGGGCGGCUGUUUGUAGUUGGGGAGCCUGCACGGUAGCUUACCUUUCAUCGAGGGAAUCGACUCGAUUCCCUUCCGGGAAGGCUGACUGAUUUCGGGUUUGUGUUUUGCGUUCCAGGUAAACGUUUUUCUGGACAUCAGCUUCCGGAUUGCCAUCACGUAAGGAUAAGAAAUGAGUGUUGGAUUCAUUGGAGCCGGCCAGUUGGCCUUCGCUUUAGCCCGAGGCUUCACAGCCGCAGGUGUGUUAGCUGCUCACAAGAUUACAGCAAGUUCGCCUGACCAGGAUUUGCCCACUGUUGGAGGUCUGAGGAAACUUGGUGUCAAUUUCUCCCCGAGCAACAAGGACACUGUUCAAAAGAGCGAUGUACUAUUUCUUGCCGUCAAGCCACCCAUUAUCCCCUUCGUACUGGAUGAAAUUGCUCCUGAUAUUGAAGACCGCCACUUGAUUGUGUCUUGUGCUGCUGGAGUCACCAUUAACUCCAUAGAGAAGAAACUAUCCUCUGUGUACCAAUUUCCGAAAGUGAUCCGCAUGAUGACCAACACCCCUGUGAUUGUACGAGAGGGGGCUACGGUGUAUGCCACAGGAAUGCACGCAGAGGUCGAAGACGGGAACCUGUUGGAGCAGCUGAUGUCCAGUGUCGGAUACUGUGUGGAGGUGGAGGAGGAUCUGAUCGAUGCAGUCACUGGGCUCAGUGGCAGUGGUCCUGCCUAUGCUUUCACAGCAAUAGAUGCUUUAGCAGAUGGUGGAGUGAAGAUGGGUCUCACUCGUAGGUUGGCUAUUCGACUUGGUGCUCAAGCAUUGCUGGGAGCAGCAAAGAUGCUGCUGGAGUCAGAACAGCACCCUGGGCAACUGAAAGAUAAUGUUUGUUCACCAGGUGGUGCCACCAUCCAUGCUAUACACUUCCUGGAGAGUGGGGGGUUCCGCAGUCUGCUCAUCAAUGCUGUUGAGGCAUCCUGUGUGAGAACAAGGGAUCUGCAGUGUAUGGCUGACCAAGAAACCGUUUCCCCUGCUGCUAUCAAAAAGACCACCCUGGACAAGGUGAAACGGACUGCCUCAAAAGCUGGCAUCAGUCACUUAAAUAAAUACUCUGGAAGCAAGAAAUUCUAAGUACAGAAUGGUUACUGAAACUGACUUUGUAGGCAGACGAGAAUGAAACUUGGGUAUUGUUACUAAUGGUUUGAUAUAUAUUCAGUGAAGAUCAGGGGUUUGCUUUUGUAACCACUGUCUACUGAUACUGAUUUUUAGAAUAUGAAGGUAAGCAUUCACAUCAAGUUCUGUUGAGGCUGACAGUUGACUGUGCUGUCUUUGUGCAAAGUAAUAUUGUUUGUAAUUUUACAGCAGUCUGUUGCUCCCCUUUUCUUUCCUUCUGGAGUAUUGAUCCCUAAUGCACAAAACCAAUAUUUUUUGAUUUUUUUGUAUGAAUUUUCCUGACAAGCAGCGCUUUUGCAUUGCUCUCUGCUUAGUCAAUUUUCUUUUCCCUUUUCACCCCUUUCUCUCUCUCUCUGCCCCCCCCCGCCGCCGCCGCCCCGUGCUGGCACCAGGCCUAUUAAUUCCAUGGAUUUCAAUUCUGCCUACAACUUGUUUUUUAUCUGGUUUUUGUUUUCCAAAGGGGCAUUUUUAAUACAAUGUCCCUAUAUACAAGAUCAACUACACUACCUUUAUCUGUUAUUGAAGAAACGAAUCAAGUUUGUUGGACUGUUCAGAGUUGACUGUUAUUCAAGUGAAAACUAAUUGUGUCCUAGAAAUCGUUUUCAGGGAUCUAAACUUUAGCAGAAUGGCAGUGGAGGUUUCUCCAAAGAUGACCAGCAUUUUGUCCAGCUGCAUAAUAAUGCAGCAGAAUGCAGAAUGAAACUUGUACUUCAUUUGAUAUGAAACGUCAUCACAUCUUGAGAUUUAGUUUUCCUAUGCACUAUUGGCUAGGGGUGUCCCACCCUUCAUUCUCAGUCUUCCUAGGAGAUAUGCAGCACAGACUUACGGACCAUAUUAUGAAUUUGUAAUUAAUGAGAAGAUGAAUAAUUCAACUAUCUUCCAGCUUUAAGCGCACAACUGUUGCCUAGGCUGAAGCAGUGAUUAUUAAUUGGACUCUCCAAACCUACAUCUUUAAGAUUCGAAAUAUAAAUUUUUAAUUUGGGCUUUUAUCAGAUUUCUAACUUUCAAACGUUUCAAUGUCAAUACACUUGCCACUUUUUUGAAUUAUUCGUCAUUGGCAUUGAAGCUUGCUUCAAAGUGAAGUAAGAAAUAAGCUUUUUUUCAGUGUAGAAUAAUUGGACAAUCUCUCAAAACCCUGGUAACAGGACUAUUGUCUGUUCUGGUGUCUUAUACACUUUAGGUAUAGAGAAGAAACUUCAGGUCAAUAAUGUAUUUAGUGUUAAUAAAACAAGUGGUGGUAAAGCCUUAUUUUUAUGUCAAUUUUAUAUGCCACAUUCACAUCUUCUAGCUCAGAGCAAAAGAUUGAGAGACUUUUGGUCUGGUGAAUGUUGUGAAUUCCUGGGAGUGUUUGUGUACUUGUAAUGUAUGACCUAUAAAGUAGUGAGUUCCACCCACUAGUCCUAAUGGUUAGUGCAAAAUCCUGUCAAUAUUCUCCAGGCUAAUACUCAAUUCUACAGCAGAAGAUAAAUUGAGCAAAAGAACACAUUUGUAGAUCAACAGUCAGUUUGGAAAAAUCUUUCAGAAUGAAAUGUCAGGAUAGUGCCUUUCUAUAGUUUCCUACUACUUUAAAAACAAAUUCUUCAGUUUUUUUUUAGUGCUACAGAGCUUGCUGCUUAUCUAGCAAAGCACGAUCGCCGUCCGGUUAAUGGUUAGAGGUAUUUACUGAUUAAAGAAAUUAAACUGCAACACCUCUUGUAUUUUUUUAAAAUAUCUGGGCCAGAUUGAGGGUGAUUAGCGAGUCAUGGUGUGAUUGUGCCAGCAAUUGACUUGAUAAAAAGUUUACCAAUCUGUUGAUCUUUUCUUCCAGCUAACUUCUUAUGAUUGCUAGUUGCAAAAUAAGUCAAUAGUAUGCUUCCCAUAUACCAAGAAAAUGAAUAAUUCUAUGACUGGCUGAUAAUCUAUCUUUUUGAGUCAGUCUUUGCUUUGCAAUAUUGUACUAUUACAAGUGAAACACCAAAAAUAUUUUAACAGGGCCUGCAUUCUUCCCAAUGUGCAAAUGGAAGCGGAAAAGAAGAGCCUGCCUCUCUGCAAUUAUGCAGGUCAAGUGGCUACUGACAUUGUAGCUGGACAAUUGCCUUUCUUUGACUUAAACAUUAUUGCUUCUUAACCCUUGCCAGCUUUUCCUGUUGUCUUUUUUUUUCACAUUUGCAAAAUGGCUGCAAGGGGCAUCUGCUCAAGUGAUUGAUUGGAACAACCAAACCUGGAUGUCUGGCUUCAAGAUAAUAAAAUGUGAGGCUGGACGAACACAGCGGGCCAAGCAGCAUCUCAGGAGCACAAAAGCUGACGUUUCGGGCCUAGACCCUUCAUCAGAGAGGGGGAUGGGGAGAGGGAACUGGAAUAAAUAGGGAGAGAGGGGGAGGCGGACCGAAGAUGGAGAGUAAAGAAGAUAGGUGGAGAGAGUAUAGGUGGGGAGGUAGGGAGGGGAUA